AUGGCUGACGAGCGCAAUAUCUACGGGUAUAAUCCCUCUCUGCCAGCGGCAAUUAUUUUCAUUAUUCUGUUCGGCGCCUCAACUGCAUACCAUGGCUAUCAGCUCACUAAAGCGCGAUGCUGGUAUUUCAUUCCAUUUGUGAUCGGUGGAAUCCUCCAGAUUAUAGGAUAUAUCUGCCGAGCGGCAUCGCAUGACAAUUACUACGGAAUCCCCCUAUACGCAAUGCAGACAACUUUCAUCCUGAUCGCUCCGCCACUAUACGCCGCGUCAGUCUACAUGAUCCUAGGACGAACAGUGACCUACCUUCAUGCCGAGAACCUGAGCAUGGUAUCCGUGAGAUGGAUGACCAAGUUCUUUGUGACGGGUGAUGUGAUCUCAUUCCUCAUGCAAUGUGCAGGCGGCGGCCUCAUGUCCACCGGCAGCUCCAUGCACGACAUCGGUUCAAAUGUAACAAUCGGCGGACUAAUCGUGCAACUCAUCUUCUUCGGAGGCUUCGUCGUCGUAACGAGCGUUUUCCACUUCCGAAUCUCGCGCCACCCAACUUCCAAAUCGCAAGCUGAUCGCGAUCUUACCCGUGGCCAGGGCUUUAAACAGCGCAACUGGGUCACUAUCCUUAUCGGGCUGUAUCUGGUCAGUUUCCUGAUUCUGGUUCGUUCUGUCUUCCGCUUGGUCGAGUAUAUCGAGGGUUACGGCGGGUAUAUCAUGACCCAUGAGGUUUUCAUGUAUGUCUUCGAUGCAGUGUUGAUGUGGGCUGCUAUGGCUGUUAUGAAUGUCUACCACCCUGCAGAGAUUUUGGGGAACGGCAAGGGCGGGAAUGGGAGUGGGUAUGAAGAGACCAUUCAGUUAUAG